UGUUGGUAGGAGCCUUGUUGACGUCUGGUCUAGGGGUUCUGGUAGGUGACAGUGACUGAAGCCGGCGUUGGGGGGUAAAACCCAAAGCUGAGGAAUCGCCAUGGACGACCAGGGCUGCCCCAGGUGUAAGACCACCAAAUACCGGAACCCUUCUUUGAAGCUGAUGGUGAACGUGUGCGGACACACUUUGUGUGAGAGUUGUGUGGACUUACUGUUUGUAAGAGGAGCUGGAAACUGUCCUGAGUGUGGUACCCCACUAAGAAAGAGCAACUUCAGGGUACAGCUCUUUGAAGAUCCCACUGUUGACAAGGAGGUUGAAAUUCGGAAAAAAGUACUAAAGAUAUACAAUAAAAGGGAAGAAGAUUUUCCUAGUUUAAGAGAGUAUAAUGAUUUUCUGGAAGAAGUGGAGGAAAUCGUUUUCAAUUUGACCAACAAUGUGGAUUUGGAGAACACAAAAAAGAAAAUGGAAAUAUAUCAAAAAGAAAACAAAGAUGUCAUUCAGAAAAAUAAAUUAAAGCUGACUCGGGAGCAGGAGGAAUUGGAGGAAGCACUGGAGGUAGAACGCCAAGAAAGCGAACAGCGACGACUGUUUAUACAGAAGGAAGAGGAGCUGCAGCAGAUCCUGAAAAGGAAGAACAAGCAGACCUUUUUAGAUGAGCUGGAGAGCUCCGACCUCCCUGUUGCUCUGCUUCUGGCCCAGCAUAAAGACAGGUCGACCCAGCUGGAAAUGCAGCUUGAGAAGCCCAGAUCCAUGAAGCCAGUGACAUUUUCCACAGGAAUUAAAAUGGGAAGCCUUGUAUUUAAACCACGUCAGGGCUGCAUCUCCACAGGAUCUUGCUGGCGGCUAUACUUCUUCUCUUGCUUGUCACAGAGCGCUACAGGAUGCAUUCAGUGGCCUUUUCUGGCAGCCCAGAUAACCUGUAUUUUCUCAUUUAUAAGAUCUGGAUCUUGGAGGCGAACCAAGGGGUUUGAAAGUGAAGAGAUUUGUAAAGUCCCAGCCUAUGCAGCUGCACAGUACAGCACAGCUGGCUGCUGUGUUCAGGGCUUUAUUGCAGUCUGGACCAAGCUGAGAAAUGGGCUGCAUAUAGAUAGAUUCAUGGAAGAGAUUUCGUUUUUACUUCUAUUCUUCAGACAGGGAUCGAAGCAUUGACCCUCAUCUGACAGGAAAGACAUAAAUGAUUUGCCUAUGUAUGGAGUUUCUUAUACAUUAAAAAAAAAGCUUGACUUUAUGGUA